CACUCAUAAACUUAAAUAGCUUUUACACAUAAGGUUCUCUGUUUCCCCUGACCUCGCAUGGCUUUCCCUAAGCCUGCCAUUGCUACUCCUCUUCUCAUCAUACUCAUCAUCUCACUUCCUGCCCUCCAUCUCUGCCAAGCCGAUGAACAAAUCCCUAUAGGCGGCGGCUCCGACGACGACCAAGGACCAGCAGUCACUUACGGUGACGUCCAAUACGCCAAAAUGGAUUGUGGAGGGGCAUGCAAGGCGAGGUGCCGGCUGGCGUCGAGGCACAAGAUGUGCAUUAGGGCUUGUGGGACUUGCUGCUCGAGGUGCAACUGCGUGCCGCCGGGCACCUCUGGGAACAGGGACGUCUGCCCUUGUUACGCCCGUAUGACUACCCACGGCGGAAGGCUCAAGUGCCCUUAAAACGAAGGGCAACUCUGGAGAUGAUCAUCACUAGCUAUAUAUAUUGUGUGUUUGUGGGGUGUGAUGAUAAGUAUAAGAUUACGGGAUGUGAUGAUGUGUUGGUACUAUUGCUCUGUGUCUGGCUGACUCAUCAUCGAUUUAUAAUUGAAAUAAGGGAGAGGAGGGUUCAUCGUGAUGAACAAUAUAAUUAUAUC